UCGUUCAGGUUGCCGGUCCCUGCAUGGCAUCGGGCGCGAGGCAGACCAGGGAAUCCCCGCGUGUCGCCUCGCUCCUCCUGAUCAAUUUGCAUCAGCGCUGAAAGCCCGAUUCGUCUGGCUCCUUGUACGCGACGCGCCCAUCAGCGGCAGCAUGGCUCGGACCAAAAUAUAGCGCACAGCACGGAGCGGUAACUUCAACACCCUGGGAUACAAAGCCAAACCCAGCGCAGGUCGCGUCUCCGCUCCCACCGAGGAACACAUCCCACCAGAAGGACUCUGCAGACAUAUUUCCAUUGAUGAGGCAGCCACCAAAUGACUUCGAGAUGGCACUAGGUGGGACGCUUCUGCCAUCCAUAUCCACGUUUGCCAGCGGCCCGACUGACAAGAGUAAAUCCAUAGGAAGUGCGAAUUUAAGAUGGAAGGAGGAAUUGUCCCAUCUUAAGAGACCCAGUGUGCCGACCGGAAGCAGUUGCUCCGACCCAGACCAUCCCACUGCCACCACCACCACCGCAAACCCCAGCAUGUCCAAAAAAGACACGGAGCCAGACCUGGACUUACUGGACUACGAUUUCAUUCUGUCCAACUCCAUGCUCCAACAGCAACAACAGCAACAACAACAACAACAACAGCAGGAGUCCAUGGCGUGCAGUUCAGCCCAGGCCCUGUCUCCAUCCCCAGGCCCCUAUUCUUCGUCGUACACUCUCCCCUCCCCACAGGGCACUUCCAGCGAGCUGCUCUACACCAUCCCGGACAUCAGUGAUGUCUCUCCCUCUGGAGGCUUUGUGGCAGAGCUCAUGAGGCCUGAACUGGACCCGGCAUACCUCCAACCCACCAGCCUCCAUGGCAAGUUUGUGGUCAAGACUACAAUGGACAUGGGGGACUACAGCCAAAGUGUGAACGUGAGCAAAGCCUGUGUUAAUGCUGCCUCGGACCCGACUUCAGCACGUGCCUCGCCGCCAUUUGCGUGCCCCAGGAUAAAGCAGGAGAACCCCAGUAACUGCACCAUCUCGCAGCCCAUGGAUGUCCAGCUGGCUCGGGUGAACUCCCAGGGACGAGGGAGCCAGCCGCGGCCCGGUCACCUAGACCCUCAUGGCUUCCCCGGUGGAGGGCGCCCCAUGGCAGGCGGCAGACUAUCCUCAUCCUCCUCCUUAUCCCCAGACCACCCGAUGAGCCGGGAGCACCAGGUGCUGGGCCACCCCCACCCUCAGCUCCCCCUACCUCCCCAGGGAUACCACCAUAGCUCUCCGCAAGGCUACACUUCCUUCCCACAGCCAACUUCCAUCCAGUACCAAGAAGCCCUCAUGAUAUCCGGUGGGGACUGCUUGCCGGAGGAACCAAAGCCCAAACGCGGCAGGCGCUCCUGGCCCAGGAAGAGGAUCGCCACACACACGUGUGACUAUGUUGGCUGUGGGAAAACCUACACUAAGAGCUCCCACCUCAAAGCACAUCACCGCACACACACAGGGGAGAAACCUUACCACUGCGACUGGGAGGGCUGCGGCUGGAAGUUUGCCCGUUCGGACGAGCUCACGCGCCACUACAGGAAGCACACGGGCCACCGGCCCUUCCAGUGUCAGAAAUGUGACCGGGCCUUCUCAAGGUCAGACCACCUUGCUCUUCACAUGAAGAGACACUUAUGAGACUUUAUUUGACCAGACUGGAUGACGACGGACGAAGGCUACAGAAAGAUCCAAAAUUUAUGUUUCGGCAACCUUGAAACAACGUGUGACUUGCAUAUUUUAAAACCAUGAUUUGCCUUCAAGCUGUUGUCAAGCAUCAAGACAAGCUGUGCUGUUCACGGCAAAAAGAGCAUUAUUCCACCAAGAGCCUAGAAUUUCUCGAAAGAGUGAUCCUGUCUUUUGACGUUCGACAGGGGACUUGACAAGACCUCUCAGUCAGGGUGGUAAACUUCUCUCAAGGGACCAAACUGGAAUUUGUCUUAUUUAAUCGACAAAACUUGGAGGACCAGGUGCCAACAACUUAUGACUGGAAAUGUAUUAUUGUCAGGGAAACCAGGAACAACAGACAAACAUCUCCCAGAGGCCUUCUACCAGCAAUAUUCCAUUAGUCUCUGUUAACAACUACACACUGUUCAAAAUACUGUUUUAAAAUAAACAAGUCUAUAUAUAUAUUUAUAGACAUAUAUUUCACCUGCAAUGCCAUUAAUUUCAGGUACAACUUUAAUUUAUAUAUUACAGGAUGGUGCUCAGUGACUCUGAAGAAGGAUUUUAAAGAAAAGGUACCAAAGACCAA